AUACUAUAACCCACAGUCACAAGGUAAAAGGUCAGCUGUGGAUCUCGUCUUCCAAACUGGUGCCCGUCACACAGCUCUACGCUGAAGUUUUCGUGGACUGGAUUACAAUCAAACAUGGGGUACGAUGGGAAGUACCUCCAAAGGAUGGGCUGGACCCUGGUGGUGAUGGGAUCUCUUAACAUCAUCCUGGGUACAGCUGCGGAUGCUGCGUUUGCCUCCAUGGGUGCAUUCACCAUGUUCCACUUCAUCAGCGCACCAAUAUGGAAUGGCAUUUUUGUUGUCAUCACUGGUAUCCUGGCGAUUUCCAGUGGAAAAAAGCCAACAAACAAGGGUCUGAUGGUUGGACUUAUGAUACUGGGGAUCUUCACCAUCAUGUCUGCAGUCUGUUGCUUCUCCCUGGGCAUUGUCGGGUCUAUCGUCGAUGCAAGGUGUUACCGUGGUUAUCGUUGGUCCGGGAUCUCAAGCAUCCAUGAUCCUGACUGUGCAGCAGCAGCCAUAGCCCUGCAUGUGGUGAAUAUUAUGCUGGCCUUGAUUGAGAUUGUUAUGGCCUUCGUAGCUGCCAUCAUGCCCUGCUGUGGGCCGGCAAGCUCAAACAACCCCAAUUAUGCCCCUAUGGUUGUGUACAACCAGGGACCUAACACGAUGCCUGGCCAAGCUGCUUAUGUUGUUGUGCAAACAGGUGUUCCAGGUGCACAAGGUGUUCCCUACACGACUGUCAGUGCAGCUGGAGGCAUGCCACAGCAGCAGGUGUUCAUCGCCCAGCACCCGUACCCCGCAGCAGCCCCCAUGCAGGGGUACUAUGGCGCCCAGGCUCCGCCUCCUUACAUGCAACAGUCCAACAUUGGUGCAGCACCUGCUCAGGCACCUGCAGCCGCUCAACCACCUGCCGAGACCAAAACCCAGCCACCUGCCUAAGUUACAUGUGUGUAUGUAGAGGCAGCAGGCGUAUGCGUAACAAGAUGACACAAGAAAAUACAUAAUUGUUGCUACUGGGUCUUUUACCCCCACAUUGUCAGUGCAUGGGCACAAGUUUUGUUUUUGUAUUACAAUUGAAAGUGUUUGCGCAUUUGCUAGCAGUUUGGUGAAUGUUGUAUUAUCUACUUUUGUGAGAAGACUAUGAAUUGAUAUUUUUAUAUAUAUGUAAUGUGUAACAAGAUACAUGUAUGCAGUUGGUGUUUCUAUACUACAGUAACUUUUCUGACAUUUUUCUGAGCUUAACUUCUAACACAAAAAAUUGGACCCAAAUUUUCGACUGACGGACUGCGGUCUUCGUUGAAGAAUGAGCAAUCCGCUGUUUCUAUGAUGUCACGUUAUGCAGAAAAAACAUGUCAACCAUAGUGAUGUAGAACUCAUUGUUGGCUGAUAACCUAGAGAUGUGUACAUUCCAAGUUUGCUAUGAAUGUAACCAGGUAUGAAUACAUCAUAGCAUAUUUUGAUGCCAUAAUACCAGUACCCAAUACUGAGACACUGUUAAGUACAAAUUGUAAUGGGGUUGGUAACAUAGCAAAGUUGGAUGAGUUAAAGGUUGAUCUUCAAAUCAGAAUUACUUUUAAAAGGACCAGAUUCGGACAUGUACAAGACCAAAAACAGUGCUUAUGAAAAUUGAUUUUGAUUGUGAUCUAGCUAUACAGGUUUCCAGAGUACACUGGCUUCACUUGACAUGCCAAGCAUUAUAUUGCUCUAAUUGGCUCUAAUUGAGAUUCCACUUUUAAACAGCACCCUUAUUGUAUUUCAUAGAUAUCAGUAACAUAUAUAUAUAUAUGUAUAUAUAGAGAGAGAUUACUAAAUUUAAAUUGACUCAAUAGCAUUGUAGACUAUAUAUUGCAGUGUGCCAUGAAUGUCUACUUGGUAUCCAGCACUUUUACAGCUCUCAAGUAUCUUUUGUCCUCUCUGCAAAUACAAGCUGGACCAGAUGUAUUUGCAGAGAAGAGACUUAUAUUACGACUGAAUACCAGGCUACUGAAUGCCAGCAAGUUGAUACUACAUUUAUGUGUGUAGCAUAAAUUGUGCUACUUGAUAUAAUGCCAUCAGUUGUUCACUGCUUACUGCUUAUGAUAAAUACAUGGAGAUCAUAUAUUAAACAUAGACAAAA